ACCGAUAUGGGGCCCGUCCGUUGACACUAACCCGACAAUGGUAGCUCGAUUUGCCCGGCCCCAUUAUCGUCCAAGUCGUAUAGAAGUGUAUAGAAAAUCUACACAGAUGAACAAUAUGUAUACGUGCAGCAAGGGUGGCGAAGCCAGCUCCGGUUUAUUGCGACAAGAACGGAUAAAGUACUAUAAGCGCCCGGAAAGCCGUUCCGCGUUAGCCAACUAAUGACUCGGUAGACUCAUCCUACCAACGAUGGCCUUCUCCUCGCUGAAAGACCAAAGCUUUUGCUUUCCAGUUCCAGAUGUCCUAGAGAACGCAAGAGUGAAAGUUAUCCCUUUCAUCGUUGAGUCGCCAUUUUUCUCGUCGAUCAACUCUCUCAAGACAGUCAAUGUAGCCCUCAGAGCACGCUGCAGCGGUUUAUAAAGAGUGGAACGAUGCGCCAAAUCUUAUGGACUUCCUGCCGUUCGGACCCUACCAUUCUGUAGAGGGUUUGGUAAGUGGAUUAUGGGAAGGACGUGUGGAAAAGAACCCCGCUGAAACGUUGUUCGUGGUGUACGAUAAAACUCGGCCAGAUGCGAAUGGGCAACCAUCUCUCGCAGGGACAAUCGGCUACGUCAACUCGAAUGCCGCAGACCUCUGCACCGAGAUUGGAUGCGUCAUCAUCUUGCCCCAAUUCCACCGCACCCACGUCGCGUCCAACGCCGUAGGCCUUCUGAUGCAUUACGCCCUCGAUCUACCGGAAAAUGGGGGACUCGGAUGCCGUAGAGUUCAAUGGAUGGCGAAUAAACUCAACACAUCAAGCGUACGACUGGCUGAAAAGAUGGGCUUCGUUUUGGAGGGGAUCAUACGAUGGCAUAGAGUGAUUCCCCCUAGCAAAUCUAUUGCACAUAAUGGUUCCCCAGGAAGGAAGGGUGAUCCUCAUGAAGGAUACCUAGCGAGGGAUACCGCCAUGCUAGGGAUAUACUGGGAUAUAUGGGACAAUGGAGGACGGGAAAAGGUCGACCUGAUCAUGGAAAGAAGGAAAUAGGCAAUGAAUCAUGUAAAUAGUGAUUACCUAAGGAGCCUGUAAUUAUGUCGGAGUUCCAAUUAGGCGCGCACCAUUCG